AUGGCGGACCCGGUAUACGAGAUGGCAGAUUCGUCGAUCAGCGAUCCGAUGUCGUCAAAGAUGGAGGCAAAGAAGCCAAAGCUUGUCGACAAGCUCCAUCUGCAGUCAAGCGGCCCGCCAGCGACGAUGGACGCUACCAAAAGCCCGCCUUUCUCGUCUUCGCGUGAAUAA